GAGAACGAACUCGUGGACAGCAGCUUGGACCCUAUUGUACAAACGACUUCUUCACGGCAACCUGCUCCAGCAAAAGCAGCUGCUUUCUUUGCCACAACUGCUCAAGAGCGACAACACAUGCCUUUAAUGAAUAGACCUUAUGCUCAGCCUUUUCGAACUAUACCCAAGCCAAGCACUUCCUUUAGUAGUAGCAGUAGUACGACACUACCAAGAAAAAGAGCAAUAAGGCCAGAUCCAGAAGAGGAAGAAGAUUCAGAGGAGGAAGUAAGGGUAGAACGUUCGUCUGUAGCGUCUAUGCCUACUGUUCGGGGGACUUCCCAGCAUCCUCCGCCGACUUUAGAGGCUGCGAGCGAUAGAGCGAAUAUGACACCUUUAAAGAGACCCCGAUUCGGUUUGUCCAAAGCGUCUCCUUCUACACAUCUUCAUCAUGCAACGAUACCCGCGCUUCCUCAUUUACAAGGACACCAACAUCCUAUGUCUAUGAUGAUUGCUAACAGGCAAAAAAGUACUCACAGAUCAGCGGAAAUUGUUACAACAGCUACACCAUUGCCACCACUUACAACAUCUACGUCUACGGUGGUAGAUAAUACCCACGGAAGUUCAUCUUUUGCUACAGCCUCAACGUUAGCUGCAGAACAACAAAGCACAGUGACAGGCACCUCGAAUGCUUCCUCCUCCAAAACAACUUCCAGCUCUUUCAAAAGCCCUCUCGCUAAUGGAACUUAUACCCAGGUGACCCUUCAAUUUCCCAACAGUAAAAAAGCAUUCUCCAUUUUAAAGAGCAAAAAAUAUCCCAAGAGAUCAAAGACGGUGCCUGCCAAGUUCAAUUCUGUCAAUGCGUACACAGAAACGUUCAAAAAGCUUAUUCUUGAGCAUUUAGAGAUUUUACUUUUGAAUUACGGCCUUUAUUUUUACACAAUGUAUGAAAAAUUUGGUAAACACAAGCACGGGCAAGAGUUAGAAAGAGCGAUUCGGUCCAAGGGGAUGAGUCUCUACGUCCUCUGUGAGAUAAAAUCAACCUAUCCAUCGUUUUCCUCACUCUCCUCUUCUUCAUUGGAGGGUGAGGGCCACCGAAGAUUACGGCUGAUGAUUCCAGCGACCAGCCGAGAGCACUCGUCGAAAUACGCCAAGGACGAUAUUUGGGUUCUCUCCAAAGUUUCUUCUUUUGAAUCGAGUCAAACAUUCUUGGCAAGAAGUACCUUUUAUGGCCCUUUUUCGGACGGCUCAUUGGAACUAGAGUGUAUUUCACCGAGAGAUGCACGCGUGGCUGCUCAAAUUCUCAAAGAAGAGGCAGAUGUAUACGCUUUACGCACUAUUGCUGCCAGCACGGAAUUUAUGAUGCUGGAUACACUGAAUGAUAAUGUGCUGUUGAGCAAACUUAAUUUACUGCCAUACAUUAUGACCGACGAUCAGAUUAGAAAGAGCAACAGAAAAAGCAAGAAGCCUGGUGGUGGUGGUGGUGGAUCGAUAGAGUACCCAACUUUGCAUUGCAUUCGGCUAACUGUUGGAGACGGUAUUGAUGUCGAAGCCAAGCUUGUAGACACUAUUCGCGAGUACAAGUUAAAUCUUGAUCAAGAACGAGUGUUAAGGCAAGUGGCUCAUACUUUGAUUGUCGCUCCUGGUUGGAAUGAAAACGCCAAUAGACCCUUUGUGUUGGUACAUGGUGUUUACGGUUCAGGUAAAAGGUAGAAGGAUCAUUUGCAAAAGAGACGACAUUGACAUGAAAGGCAAGAACUGCUUUGACCUAUGAAUUCACUGUUUGCCCUAUUUCCACUACUUUAUAGUUAU